CUAAUAAAAAACUCGUCACAAGUAUUAAAACUGGACAGAUAUAUAUUAUUUAAUUCAUUUGAAUGAAGUGGUCUAGUCCACUGUCUUUCCGGACUCCGGAGCUGUCAAACGCUUUGGAAGAGGGGGAGGGUGAACAUGGCGUCUGAGCAGGAGAGUUCUAAUGGGCCUGUGAAGAGGUCCAUGAGGGAGAAGGCCAUGGAACGGAGGACCACCAACAAGGAGCACAACAGCAACUUCAAGGCGGGCUAUGUGCCCAUUGAGGAGGAGCGCCUGCACAAGACAGGCCUGAGAGGACGCAAGGGCAACAUGGCUGUUUGCAUCAUAGUCCUGCUCUUCUUGCUGGCUCUCAUCAACCUCAUUAUCACUCUAGUGAUAUGGACAGUGAUCCGCAUCGGGCCCAGUGGUUGUGACAGUAUAGAGUUCCAUGAGAGUGGGCUGCUGCGUUUCAAGCAGAAGGCAGACAUGGGCGUGGUCCACCCACUACACAAGAGCACUGUGGGGGGCAGGAAGGACCAGGACCUGGUUAUCACCGGCAACAACAACCCGGUGGUGUUUCAGCAGGGCUCCACUAAGCUCAGUGUUGAGAAAGAGAAGACAUCCAUCACCAGUGACAUGGGCAUAUCCUUCACUGACCCCCGCACUCAGAACACCUUCUUCAGCACUGACUUUGAAAACCACGAGUUCCACCUGCCGAAAGGAGUCAAAGUACUCAGUGUGAAGAAAGCCUCCACAGAAAGGAUCACCAGCAAUGCUUCCUCUGACUUGUCCAUCAAAGGGGACAGCAAGGCCAUCAUCCGCGGCAAUGAGGGGGUCUUCAUCAUGGGCAAGACGGUGGAGUUCAGGAUGGGAGGGGACAUCGAGCUCAGAGCUGAGAACAGUAUUGUUCUGAACGGGUCGGUGAUGGUGAGCGUCAGUCGCAUGCAAAACUCCUCAGUGGGGGCCAACGUGUAUUUCGACGAAGGUCUGUUGAGGUACAAGCUGUGUAUGUGUGCAGACGGCACUCUGUUCCGUGUCCAGGUGAAGUAUCAGAACAUGGGCUGCCAGACCUCAGACAACCCCUGUGGAACGGCCCACUAAAGAGACUGGAAGACAAACUGAUGUUACACCAUCCAUCCUGUCCUACAAUUAACAGAUGGUCAAGUAUGGCCAGCCAAUGUUGAAAUACCCUAUACUGCAUACACAUUCAAAAUGUAACACCCAGAAACACUCUCUUUUUUUAUGGUGGCCUUUUUGUUUGUCUGCAUAUCCGCUUGGCCAAAGAUAAGAGCUACAUACUGUAUUAUCAUUUUGUUUUGUUUAGACUUAGAGCAGCACACUAUAUGAGGUAACAACAGACACAGCACUCUACCAAGCAGUCCAGUAUUAUUACCGGUGUUCUGGGUAUUUAUAUUGAUAAUGAUUUGCUUAUGUAUAUUUCCACUGGCAGCUGUGUGUGACUCGAGUACAAGUCACCCUGUAUUAGGCAUCAGCCACUGAUCACUUAGCCACUAUAUUUAUGUUUUGAUUAUGGUUAGUUAAGGAGUAAUGAGUUGGAGUUAGUGGGAUAUGUGCAAGGGUUAACACUUAAAAUAGGAAACAUAAUUUUAGCUUAAAAUAGGAAACAUACUUUUAGUGCGCCCUACAUUGCUAUCUACAGUGCAUUCGAAAAUUCUUCAACAUUAUGUUAUGUUACAACCAAUUAAAAUUAAAAAACAGAAAUACCUCA